AUGGAUGUUUUGAACACAUCCAAACUAUCCAAUCAAUCACUGGAUCUGUACAACAUGGAUGUUUUGAACACAUCCGGACUAUCCAAUCAAUCACUGGAUCUGUACAACAUGGAUGUUUUGAACACAUCCAAACUAUCCAAUCAAUCACUGGAUCUGUACAACAUGGAUGUUUUGAACACAUCCGGACUAUCCAAUCAAUCACUGGAUCUGUACAACAUGGAUGUUUUGAACACAUCCGGACUAUCCAAUCAAUCACUGGAUCUGUACAACAUGGAUGUUUUGAACACAUCCAAACUAUCCAAUCAAUCACUGGAUCUGUACAACAUGGAUGUUUUGAACACAUCCGGACUAUCCAAUCAAUCACUGGAUCUGUACAACAUGGAUGUUUUGAACACAUCCGGACUAUCCAAUCAAUCACUGGAUCUGUACAACAUGGAUGUUUUGAACACAUCCGGACUAUCCAAUCAAUCACUGGAUCUGUACAACAUGGAUGUUUUGAACACAUCCGGACUAUCCAAUCAAUCACUGGAUCUGUACAACAUGGAUGUUUUGAACACAUCCGGACUAUCCAAUCAAUCACUGGAUCUGUACAACAUGGAUGUUUUGAACACAUCCGGACUAUCCAAUCAAUCACUGGAUCUGUACAACAUGGAUGUUUUGAACACAUCCGGACUAUCCAAUCAAUCACUGGAUCUGUACAACAUGGAUGUUUUGAACACAUCCGGACUAUCCAAUCAAUCACUGGAUCUGUACAACAUGGAUGUUUUGAACACAUCCGGACUAUCCAAUCAAUCACUGGAUCUGUACAACAUGGAUGUUUUGAACACAUCCGGACUAUCCAAUCAAUCACUGGAUCUGUACAACAUGGAUGUUUUGAACACAUCCGGACUAUCCAAUCAAUCACUGGAUCUGUACAACAUGGAUGUUUUGAACACAUCCGGACUAUCCAAUCAAUCACUGGAUCUGUACAACAUGGAUGUUUUGAACACAUCCGGACUAUCCAAUCAAUCACUGGAUCUGUACAACAUGGAUGUUUUGAACACAUCCGGACUAUCCAAUCAAUCACUGGAUCUGUACAACAUGGAUGUUUUGAACACAUCCGGACUAUCCAAUCAAUCACUGGAUCUGUACAACAUGGAUGUUUUGAACACAUCCGGACUAUCCAAUCAAUCACUGGAUCUGUACAACAUGGAUGUUUUGAACACAUCCGGACUAUCCAAUCAAUCACUGGAUCUGUACAACAUGGAUGUUUUGAACACAUCCGGACUAUCCAAUCAAUCACUGGAUCUGUACAACAUGGAUGUUUUGAACACAUCCGGACUAUCCAAUCAAUCACUGGAUCUGUACAACAUGGAUGUUUUGAACACAUCCAAACUAUCCAAUCAAUAA